UCAGUUGUUUACCGGCUCGAUAGCUGGAAGGUUCCAAUCGUUAUUCGUUUCGUGGUCUCUCUCGUUGUCAAGUUCAUUCAUGAAUCACUGCAUGGCAAAAACGUGUUAUCAGAACUUCAUGACAGUCUUCACGAAAAAUUAGCGGCUCUUCAGUCAUCACUAGUUCAUACUUUAGAAUUCGCUUCAUAAGUGAUAGUGCAUUUCCUAACAUUCACAAUAUUUACAAACUAGGACUUGAAGUUUAAUCAGUUAGUAGCCUAUAAAAAUUUUCCAAUUUAUCAAUAUUCUAUCUGUGUUCUCAAAGAAUCUUACAUUCAAAUCUUUGUCACUAGCUUCUUAUAACAUUUUGAGAGAUUGUUGAUGUACAAACAGCUCGAAUCUUCCAAACUUGAACAUUAUCUAGUGUUAUCAACUUGUGAUUGAUGAGCUCCUCUGUGUUAACAUAAACAAAUUUCUCUUGAACUUGAGAAUCAAAUUCUUUUAGUAUUUGUUGACUAUUCGAAAAUGGGGCUCAGUGUUGAUAUCAGUGUGUCCAUUUUGGGGGCUUUAAUGUCAAUGAUGUUUUUGGGAACUCUGUCAGAAGAAAUAGGAUCACCAUUGAAAGUGGCACAAUGCAGAGCUGCUUGUAUUUACUCUUUUUCGAGAGAGAAUGAGACAUCACCAUGCUUGAAGAACGAAGAGUGCUUAUCGUGCUGGAAAAGCUGUCAACGACUGCAAUUCAGUUACAAGAAACUCUGUUUGAAAAAUUCAGACUGCGAUGUCGGCUGCAAAGCGGCCUGUCACUUCGCGGAGGAAGCGAGCAACUACGUGCCACGAGCUCCCGUCCUCGUGCAACGUGGCGAGGAAGUGCUCAUGAACGACGGCCAUGAGACAAAAUGGCCGAAACCAGCGCCCGAGCUGGAGGGACCCUGGGUCUAUCUAGUUAUGCGACGCCUAAAACACCCUGGUAGUUCCUGGCGACAGAUCACUCAAACCCUCGACCGAUCCGCAAGGAUCCCGACUGGAGGGAUGGUGAGGGUGUUAGUGGUGAACCGCAGCGGUUUAGCGACCAUAUACGGACCUGCAGAGGAGAUUAGGAGACGGGAUGACAAGGGGUGGCGACUGAGGGAGGUGUCCGUGAUUCACCAGGAGGCGGUGGUGAUCGCAGAGAUUGCCUGGGAGGCGAGACAUCCGGGAGCGCUGUACCUGGUCACCUGGGAGGUGGCUGGAGGUGGACUCCGGGGGAACCUGCUCUUGUCGUCUACAUGUGUCGCGUUGUCUCUGUGGCCUGAUACUCAGUUCCAUGUACAGGUGGAACUCAUGAACCCCAGUGCACUGGAACAACAAAAAAGUGAGGAACUAAUCGUGGAUACUCAUAAGGGAAUCGAGAACGUGAUCCUACCUCAGAGUGACGAUCCGUCCCUCCUCAAUGCUUUCUCCUCAUUCUCCUCCUCUUCCUCAUCCUCCUCAGACUCGUCUUCCUCAUCCUCAAACUCACUCCUCCUCAGAGUCCUCAACAGUUCGAGAGCAGACAUAGAGCUGAGUGACCCUCAACUGCAGCCGAUUACGACGCGGCAAAUGACGGCGCAGUUUGUUGCCGCUGGGUUGGCUGCCCUGUUGGCUGUGCUAAUAGUUGUCAUGGUUGUAAGGGCGUGCAGGACGAGAGGGGAAACCAAUCCUCAUUCGAAGCUCGUUGAGGACGAUUAUCUAACGGCUGACCUGUAUAAAGUUGUUUCACACAACGCAGGGACUGACAAGACAAAGACAAGCGUACCAACUUUCACGGCCAACCCACUAAUCACGUGACAUGCACUGGGCCAGCCUAGCUUCCUAGUACCUAGCCUCAUGUACAACGUGACUGUUUAAGUUGGAUUCCAAGACUGCAUCAUUGAUAAUAUUGUGUAUAAACUCAAUUAAGCAUUAUUUAUUAACUAUGACUAUGUUCCUAAGCACUACUAUAUUAUAAUGUAUUGUACUCUUAUUAUCAUUAUUAUUGUAAAUAUUUAGCCUACAUCUCAGUGUAUUUGAAAACUGUUAGAAAUACAGCAAGAAGAUUCUAGAAUAAUUUGAUGAACUAGACUCAUUCCAGAAAAAAUAAUAUUCUCAUGAGUAUACAUGGGAAAUAUAAUCAACUAAAGAUUUUCUAAAUCGAAUGUAUUUUAUGGUAAAAUUAUAUAAUAUCGAACAUACUGGACCUGGCUGGCUCAGGUCUGGUGUUAGAGCUUCCAGGUAACACCUGAGUAAUUGCAGUCCUCUGACAUGACUUAUAUAUUCAUUUAUUGUAAUUAGGGUGACCACGAAUUAUUGUAAUACAUCAAUAUUGUAAGAUCCCUGGAUUCAAGAAAGAUAUAUAAUCUAUCUAUGCUGCACUGGAUUAGCAUCAUAUUAUCAAGUUGUUAACAAAAUAUUUUGAUUCAAUAUAAAUAUGGGUGAAUUUCUUUAAUAUUACAAACAAAAAUUCAAGUCUAAUAAAUGGUCUAGUGUCUAGUAAAUUCAAAUAUUGAAUAAAUAAAUCUUGUAUGAUAUGAUUAUGAUUAUUUACUUGCAUAGAUUUUAUAAGAUUGUGGAUCUCAGCAUUUAUGAAUGUGUAAAUUAUGGUCUGGAAAAUUACAUAAACUUUGAUAGAAUUAUAAUGACUAGGCAAUCAAUUUUAUUUGGUUGUAUACUGAAUAUCGAGAAGAGACAGUUGGAUUAAUUUGAUAUACUAUUUAUUGAUAUGUCCAGAUUGUUUUGUGAGACAUUACCAAUAUAACAAUACUGUAUAUUUCAAUAAAGACAUUACCAAAGGUAUUCAAUAUCCUUGUCAGAUCAAUUGAUAAGUUUCAUGAGUUAUUACUGUAUCUCUGCAUGAAUUCUAUGGUUUUCCAUCAAUGUUUUUCAAAUAAUGUCAGUAUUCCAAGUGUACAGUUUCCGAAUAUUUUCGCGUGAUUAUUUGAAAAUCCUCAACAGGAUUGUCACUUCAAUAAUUCAAUAUAGGCCUACUUUAUAAUUAUUUCUGCAGCUGUUUAUAUUCAUAUUCAUUAUAGAAUAUGUUCUGUCACAUUUUUAAUCCUUAAACUAAUCUUGAUCUGUAAUCUUGAAAUUCACGAACAUCAGCUUACUUACAAAAAUGUAAUUGUAGUCCUGUGAGCUCAGAGUUAUGCUUGAAAAUCAUGUUUUGGAAAAUUAUAUUGGGAAACAUGACUUACAUCCCUCCUACUACCUCACUAUUAUUAUAUAAGCCACAAAAAAAUGUUGAAAACUCAACCAAUACUUUCAAAGAAUGUAUAAUAUAAGAUAAUAACAGGUUGUGUACUGGUAUUGAACUAUUGAGCAAUAUGUAUGGACAAUUAUCCAAAUGGAAGUCGAAUAUGUGUAUCAUAUAAAUUUAAUAUCCAUGCUAACUUGCUCCAUUCCUAGUUUAGGUUUGUAGAUAAUUGUAAAAUAUUGUAAGGAUGAAUGAGUAAAUUUCGAGAAUUAUGUUAAAUUAUUAAUUCUAGUCUAUGUUUCUUGUAAUAUUAUUGUAUCACUGUGAUAUUGAUUUGAUUUUUAAGCUUGUCUAUCGCAAGGAUGAACUUUGUAAUAAAAACCUACAUAAUCAA